UUUAAAACGAUCGAUUUUAAACAAUCAUUAUCUAACCAUCUUUUUUUCUCCGCAGACGCGCGCCGCCAUAACCACUUCAAAGGCCUCAAGGUCGUCAACUUCAGGUUUACAGACAAAGUACUUCAAAACGAGGUUGACGAGGCAGUCCUUUCCAUCCACCUCCAAGAGAUAGAAUCCCGUCAGAACACCACAUCAGACCCUGAAGAACCCUUCACAAUAAGCAUCCAAGUCAGUAGAAUAACCAGAAAUAGUCAAGGGAAUAAGGCGUCCGUGCCUUAUACGGAGAAUUCUGUGAAGCUCACGAGGAAGGAAUUGAAGGUGGGCAAAUGGCUGAAGGUUAAUGUAACCAAUAUGGUUGCGGAGUUCUUCAGGUUGCCCAGGGAUCACUUAGCAUUAGUUGUGAGAGUACAAGACUCCAAGAGUAGAAUGAGUUUGGCUGUGCCACAUCCGAGCUCAGAAUCUAAUAACGCAUUGAUGCCAUACAUAGAAGUAAGUCUAAGAGACAAUUCACACAAGCGUACCCGACGCACGAUUGGUAUGGAUUGUACAGAAAACUCAAAAGAAGUACGUUGUUGCCGGUAUCCUCUCGUCGUCAACUUCGAAGAGUUUGGUUGGGACUGGAUCAUCGCUCCCAAACAGUAUGAUGCCAACUACUGCAGUGGGGAGUGCCCAUACAGUUUCUUACAGAAGUACCCUCAUACGCAUUUAGUGCAUCUCGCUGCGCCACAGGGCAGUGGAGGCCCUUGUUGUGCCCCCAGAAGAAUGAGCAGUAUCUCAAUGCUGUACUUCGACCAUGAUCUGAACAUCAUUUACGGUACCAUCCCUGGUAUGGUGGUGGAGUCCUGUGGGUGCUCAUAGCAACGUUCGGUUCGCGGCUCCAAGGUUUCGGUAGCUUAAUUUCUUUGUAAGACUAAAUAGUAACUUUUAAAUUUUGUUGAGUUGCAAAUCGCUCGCUUUGGAGUGGUAUUUAUUAUACUUUAUACCUUCUAUAGUAUAAUUUACUGUAAUGUUUGUGCCAAGUGUCCCUUUUACAUCUAUAUCAUGUCAUGUCGAGUCUAUCUUGAAAUUAACAAAAAGUCAAAAUUCUUUUAUCUUUAAUUAUCGACUGUUUCUCUCGUAGAAUUUCUUUUUAAUUGGGUACAAAGUACAAAAUAAUGCACUUGACCUCAACAGUACCUAGAUUUAAUGUACUUUCGGAAGAUUUAUAAUUAUUUCAGUUUGCACAAAACGAUUCUCAAUUGACUUGAAAUAUUUACCGACUUCACAAUAUUAUUUUUGAUCUGUAAUGUUGACUAGUUAAAUAUUGUCAAAAUUAUUAUUUAGUCUUACUCGCGCCUAUUAUUAUUAUUAAUAAUUAUUAUUAUGUUGUUUUCUUUAAGUUGAUUCUGCUUUACUUGGAGCCUUAAGUGUAUAUGUGAUAAAAGAUCGAAGACAGCAAAAAUUGUGUUGAGUGUGUGUGCAUUGUACAUUUUGCGUCGUAUCUUAGUUUAAUGGUCUGUCAUUUCAUUUCAUCUAUUAGUACUUUAGUUCAUGCUCGUCUAGUACCUACAGCAUCUUUACUUUAGACUUGUUCUCGAAUGUGUCUUUUCGCAGAAGUUAAAUUUAUGUAAUAUCUUAAAUUUUAGGAUUUGCCAUGUUGUAUUACCAGUAUGAAAUCAUAUUUUAUGUAAACGAAUUGAUGUUUUUUUAUGUAAGUACCAGAACAAUUGCAUUUUACGGUCCCUGUAUUUUAAGAUACCUAUUUAUAUUUUAGUUUGCUUUUAUAAUUAAAAAGAUCAUUGUGAACCAAGCUUACCAAGUAUAUUGGACGAUGUAUUUUCUACGCAAUUAUUUUAUUAAAAUCACAGUGGAUCUAUUUAUUUAUUCAUUUAAGCUAAAGUAAUAAUGAUAAGUGGAAAAUAUAUAAAAUAAAUCAAUAACUGCCUUAUAUCCGACCUUUUGACAUUUAAAUGUUAUAUUUCAGAUAAAAAGUAUAUUAUCUGUACAUUUUAUGCAACAAUUGUCUUAUUAUCUCAAUAUGACAUACUUUUAACUUUAAAUCGCAGCGGCAUUUAUGUUUCAAUAAUACAAUAAGUUUUAGUUGCUAACUCAUCCCCAUUUUGUAUAUUCAUAGGCAUAAUUCAAUAGUUAGCUAGAUAAACUAAAUAUUUUCGACUUUACUUUCCACAUUUAAAACAAUUCUAUAUAAAUAAAAGUCUCUUUAUCUUUAAGGAUAUUUGAGUGUUGAAAGUAUCAUAUUUAAACUAUAAUUAGUAUAUCUUUACAAACGUAAUUUAAAACUAAUAUACCUAAAAAAAACCUAAAUUAUGAAUUUAAUUUAAACAAAUAUUUAAAAAUAAUUGCAAAAUGUCUAUACUUUUUAUUUUUAAAAUGUCACAGUAAAUAGUUUCUCGUAAAGAAGUAGCUUUUAAAAUCUUAAAUCUUUGCAAUGAUCGAUUUAUUCAUAAUUGGCAUCAUUAAUUAUUUGUAUGUGUAACAUUAUUUGGUUCCGCUUUAAUCAGUUCUAUAAGCAAUACCUAUUAAGCUUGAUUAUAGAAGUAUAUUUUAAAACUUUCUUUAAUAUUUAUCUACCACAAAUCGUCUUUAGCUGCCUUUGACUCUUUUAGAAUUCUUCUGAAAAAAAGAGUAGACAAUGUUCAAAGUAGAAUCUUUUUUAAAUUGUUUUUUUUUUUUUUAAUCUAAUGGUGCUGAUUCCUGUACACACCAUCCAAUUGUAUUUUAAAUUAUACCUGUCAUGUUCUUAUCCGCUGAAAAAGAAGGGAACGGGUAAUCGACAGACAUACAAUUUAUGGAACACACGUCAAUUUUAGCCAGAAAUUUAAAAGACCAUUCUAAAAUUUUAUAUGGGCUAAUAACCCGACAGAAUUAAGUUGCAGCACACGUCAAACGGAUUGCAUAUUCUUCGUCUGGAUUAUCAUCAUUCAUUUUAAAAUUAACAGUUGUCAUUCGCCCCUUUUCUUUUCGACGGAUAAGAAAAUGACAGGUGUAACUUAAAAUAAAAUUAGGACGCGUUUGUAAGAAUUGGGGCCAUUAUGUACCUGCGUAAAUUAAAUAGGUGUCGCAAUAUUAUUUCUACUCCUUUUUUACCAAAUUGUAAACUUACCUUUCAUAAUGUUAAUUUUAAGUAGAUUUGUAUUUCUUAAUUGAUGUUCCAAACCUUAGCGAAAUUUUAGAUUUCGGUUAUUUAAAAAUCGAUAAAUUACAAUUAACUUUCCUUCUAGUUUUUAGCGGUGGUGCUUAAAAGGGCGACGCAUUAUUUAUAAACUAUUAUAAUUAAAUAACAAUAACCUCUUUAAUUAUAAAAUAUAUUUUUAUACUUCAACGUAUUAAUUUGGCGUGAUUAAUAUUUUUUAGAUAUUUUUGUAAUUUUUAUCUUAUAGGGUUUUAGAAAAAACGUAGAUGAGUCGAAAAUUUUGUUUCAAAAAAAAAUAGAUCUCAUUUUCAGGCAUAUGUUUGAGUAGAUGUGCCUAUAUAAAGAUCUCCCCAAUGCUUUUGGAUUAACGAAUGAAAAAAUAAUGUUUUUAGUUUUUAAGUGGCAUGUAGUAGUCUAUCAUUCUAACUCAGAAUUGUCAAAAUUAUACUAACGUUCUUGUGUUUGAAGAUUGAUCGAAAUAAAUUUUCAAUUUUUGUACUAAGAUUCGUAUUAUUUUGUGGAUGUAAAGUCUUUUUAUGUAGAAAUAUAUGUCUAUCAAGAA